UGCAAAAUGUACUUUUAUCUCGUUGGUUGGUUCCAUAUCUUGUGCCUUCUCAGUUACCUUCCCUACAUCGAAUGUCUUGGUGUGUUCUCGGGAUGUGAUACAGUUAGAACCCUAUCCGCAGAUGAAGUAUUCUACAUUCAGUCACCCGGAUACGGGAACUACUACAAGCCAAACACCAACUGCCGAUGGAGGUUAACCGGACCUACUGGUUACAUUCUCAAGGUGAACUGUUACGAUGUGGUCCUCCCGAGUAGCACCAACUGCUUGGCGGACCGCAUUGAGGUGUCCCUCAGCGGAAAUGCUCUUCUUGCAGGAGCUACUCGAUACUGCGGACUUUCCACGUUCAUAGUGCAAGCCACUGCAAACAAGUUGACUGUGGCACUGCGUUCGGAGAAAUCUUCCACUGGAGGUCGUUUCAGUUGCCAGAUUGUAGCCAACCCACCAUCGUGCGACUGUGGACGUCGCCGAACGGUGAAAAUCGUCAAUGGAGUACAGACACUGGUCAACGAGUUUCCGAUGAUGGCCGGACUGGUGAACCUUUCCGGGAGGAGGGUGUUUUGCGGAGCUACCAUAAUUUCCAACAGACACGCUCUGACUGCAGCGCAUUGCCUAGCGGGACAGAAAAUCGCCAGUACAGCGUUACUAGUAGGAGAUCACGAUCUAUCCAUCGGAUCGGAUACCCCUCAUGCCACCGUAAUGUCGAUCAGCACCUUCACCAUCCAUGGUGGAUAUCGAGCAAAAUCGUCAACGAAUGAUAUCGCCAUGGUGCGAACUCGGAAUCCGAUCGUUUUCAAUGCAGGCGUUGGGCCGGCAUGCCUACCGUGGCGUUGGUCAACGGCAACCUUCAACAACAUGCUAGUGGAAGCCGUUGGCUGGGGUACGAUGGAUUUUGGCGCUCCAGCGUCAUCGGUGUUGAGGAAGGUUAGCCUAAUGGUGGUCAGUCACGAGCAGUGCAAGCUAAAGAUGAACAGUUCCGGCAUUACGUUGAAUCAGAUGUGUACUUUCGCGGAAGGACGGGACACUUGCCAGUAUGAUUCGGGCGGGCCUGUACUUUAUACGAAUCCCAACACGGGCGUAGUGUAUCAUAUCGGAGUGAUUAGCUAUGGGGUAGCUUGUGCGAGUGCAUAUCCUAGUGUCAAUACUAGGACAACGGGGUACCUUUCGUGGAUUAAGGCGAAUACGCCUGGAAUAAAGUAUUGCGAAAAAUGAGGGGGUUGUGUA